AUGGCGCCCCACCUCAGCAAGAGGGAGCUCGACCGCUGCUUCUCGCUCUACGCCACUGGGAAGACCCCGGUGGAGAUACGCGACCUCGUUAGUCGGACCCGUGAGUCCCUCGACGAGACUGGGCCGGAUUUGACGACCGUCCGCCGGGCCCUCCGGGGCGCCGCGCACAGGCGUGGCCCAGCGGAGACUCGCGGCCGCAAGCCCAAGCUCACGGCCGUCAAGCUCCGCGCCUUGAACAACGCGCGGGUUCGUUUGAUUCGGGCGGCCAAGGGCGAGGCCGAGGUUCACCUCAAGGACGUGAUGAAGGCCGCGCGGGUCUCCGACGUCCACAAGGGCACGGCCUCCAGGCACUUCAAGCGCCUCGGGGUCACCUGGCGCGCCCCCCGCGCGGAGCCGCUCCGCGGCUCCGCAGAGGCGGAGGAGCGCGUGGCGGCGCGUUCCGGGUGGAAGCGGCUCCCGGGCAACUAUUUCACGCACCAGGUCGAUGCCAUCAUCGACAAUAAGGUGUUCCCCAUUCCCAUGACCAAGCGGGCGAAGACGCACGCAAAGAAGAGUCGCGUUCGCGGCCACCUUCGCACCAAGGCAGAGGGGGUCCUCAAGCCUUUCACGAAGCCGAAGGGGAACCGGAACAGGGUGAACCCAGGCGCCAAGGUUCACGUGGCCGCAGCCAUCGUGAACAACAAGGUCCGCGUCUGGCACUACCUGCCCACCCUGUGGUGCGCCGACGCAGCCUGCGAUUUCUACGCGGGCGUCCUCGCUCCCGCGCUUCGCCGUUGCCGGAAGGGGCGCCGCGCCUUCCGCAUCCUGGAGGAUAACGACCCCACGGGGUACAAGAGCAAGAAGGCCGUUGACUGCAAGCGGCGGGGUCUCAAGAUCACCCCCAUCAAGUUCCCCAAGUAUUCCCCGGACUUGAACCCCCUCGACUACUUCCUCUGGGCGGAGGUCAACCGGCGAAUGGCAGAGCAGAGCGCGCCGGCCAACGAGUCUCAGAGCGCUUGCAAGGCGCGCCUCAGGCGCGUCGCCAUGGGCAUCCCGAAGAGCGUCAUCAGGGCAGCCGUGGCUAAGAUGAAGACGAAGGCGGCGGAGGACCGCGGGACGAAGACCAUGCAGCGGUUCGUCCGCAGCCGAGUGCGCAAGCUGACGGCGGACCUUGAGGAGACGAAGGAGUGGGCGUCUGCCCGCGAGAACGCGGCCUUCGAGGCGGUGGACGAUUGGACGCUCGUGUGCCGCUGCGCUGAGGAGACAUGUCCCCAUGGCCCGGCGUGCUCGUACAGGUCAGCCGUGGAGACCAUCUUCUCCCGCAGCGCCGCUUCUUUCGACGUUCGGGAGCUCGCGGCGUCUCUGCGGGACAUUCUGAUGGUCGGCCCGAAGAAGACGACGAGGGUGCCCUUCCUGGUGGGGCCGUCGAAUUCCGGGAAGAGCACGGUGGUUUACCCUUUCGACGACUUGUUCACUCCGAAACGGGUUCUGCACAAGCCUGCCUUGGGCUCCUCCUUUGGACUCCGGAACCUGGCCAGCGGCACGAAGCGGUUCAUCUUCUGGGACGACUUCCGGCCGGUUGAGUUCGCCCACGAGAUGACCGUCCCCGUCUCUUUGUUCUUGUCUCUGUUCGUCGGCCAGCACACCGAGAUCCAGGUUUCCCAGUCCUUCAACGACGGGAACAAGGACGUCUGCUGGAACCACGCCGCCGUUUUCACGGGCAAGCUGGAGGGCCUCUGGGGGACGACGAAUAAGGUGGGUGCGGAGGACAUCCGGCACAUGCAGAACCGCGCGAGGCAGUUCCCAUUCACCUCCGUCUUGUCGGACGGCUCUUUGCAGGACGUACUCUCGUGUGCUCCGCGCAUGACCGCGUGGAUCGUCCGGGAGGCGGCAAAGUUCGACGCCGUCGGCGUUUUCCGCCCGGCGCCCGCUGCGCUGGUCGGGGCAGACGCGGGCGUGCCGCCUGUGAGCGGCUUCGACGACCUCGUGUCCGACGCGCGCAUACCCCGCGCGCAGGCAGACGCCUUGCUGGCGAAUGUCCGCGCGAUGGGUGCGGCUGCCGUGGACGAGGUGCUCCCCGCGGACUGGGCCCGUCUGAAUUCGUGGGCCUUGCUGCAGGCCCGCGCGGGCGCCGAGGCUUUUGCCGGGCCAGACCGAACCGCGCCAGGACCCGCGUCCAUGUCGACGGCGGACGCCCCAGGCUGUUGCGGUGAUCACCAGCCUUGUAGCGCCCACAGGCGCUUCGGCUCAAGCCGUUCUUACUUAAUGGGCUCUGAGGUGCUCUCAGGCUUUGAAGUGGUGCUCACAGCCGUCCUGGUGCUCAUGGCCAUUGGCGUGGACGCCGAGGCCGUCGAAACCAAAGCCAUCCGGGACGCCUUGAAGGCCGUCUUAGUAGGCAAGGACUUGAAACACAUUUCGUCGCGUGAGUGUCGCCGCCAGGUCGCUUUGAAACUCGGUUUGCAAGAGCAUGCUUUGGACCAACGCAAGCACGAGUUCAAGAGCCUGACAACCGAGGUCGUUUCGGAAACGCAGCCCGACCAGGACGCCGCGUCGCCUCUGGAGACCGUGUUGGCUGAGGCCGAGAAGCUGGACUCGUUGCAGUGGGUAUACUUGGUGACCAUAUCGCGCGUCCUGGACGCGACCCUUCCCGACGGCCGCCAGUACCGCGAUCUUGGCACGAUGAGCCGGGAGGACAGCGGAAAAGCAGUGGCCGACGCAUUCAACAAUCCGAUUCCGACUGGGUCCGCGGGCGGCCGCACUAGGCAGGAACCGGACGGCCAAGCGCUCGUGUCCAUGGCGGUGGUGUUCCAGGAGAAGCACAAAGACGGCGCGAUCCAUUUCCACGUUGCUGUGAAGCUGACUAGGUCGGGCCGUUUCCAGCAGGCCAAGCGCACUCUGCGCGAGCGCCAUUUGUUGCCGAGCCAUUUCUCUGGUUCCCACCAGCGAAUGUGGAGCGCCGUGAGGUACGGGUAUAUGGAGACCCCAGCCAAACCAGAUGUCGACGACGCCCCGUGGGUGUGGCAGCCAGACUGGGCCGGGUUCGCGCGCGAGAACGACGCCAUCGACCUCUUCGAGAUGUCGCAGGAGCCAUACAUGGCAGGCGUGUGGGUGAAGCGCCGGGAGGCCACGGACAAGGCGGCCGGGGCGAUGGGCACGAAGACGACGUUCGACCUCGUAGACUUGACUUCGACCAUCAUCGCCAAGCACUUGUGGACGAAGGGCAGCCUGAUGGCGUACGUCCAGGACCGCGGGACGAAGGCCAUGCAGCGGUUCGUCCGCAGCCGAGUGCGCAAGCUGACGGCGGACCUUGAGGAGACGAAGGAGUGGGCGUCUGCCCGCGAGAACGCGGCCUUCGAGGCGGUGGACGAUUGGACGCUCGUGUGCCGCUGCGCUGAGGAGACAUGUCCCCAUGGCCCGGCGUGCUCGUACAGGUCAGCCGUGGAGACCAUCUUCUCCCGCAGCGCCGCUUCUUUCGACGUUCGGGAGCUCGCGGCGUCUCUGCGGGACAUUCUGAUGGUCGGCCCGAAGAAGACGACGAGGGUGCCCUUCCUGGUGGGGCCGUCGAAUUCCGGGAAGAGCACGGUAGUUUACCCUUUCGACGACUUGUUCACUCCGAAACGGGUUCUGCGCAAGCCUGCCUUGGGCUCCUCCUUUGGACUCCGGAACCUGGCCAGCGGCACGAAGCGGUUCAUCUUCUGGGGCGACUUCCGGCCGGUUGAGUUCGCCCACGAGAAGACCGCCCCCGUCUCUUUGUUCCUGUCUCUGUUCGUCGGCCAGCACACCGAGAUCCAGGUUUCCCAGUCCUUCAACGACGGGAACAAGGGCGUCUGCUGGAACCAUGGCGCCGUUUUCACGGGCAAGCUGGAGGGCCUCUGGGAGACGACGAAUAAGGUGGGUGCGGAGGACAUCCGGCACAUGCAGAACCGCGUGAGGCAGUUCCCAUUCACCUCCGUCUUGUCGGACGGCUCUUUGCAGGACGUACUCUCGUGUGCUCCGUGCAUGACCGCGUGGAGCGUCCGGGAGGCGGCAAAGUUCGACGCCGUCGGCGUUUUCCGCCCGGCGCCCGCUGCGCCGGUCGGGGCAGACGCGGGCGUGCCGCCUGUGAGCGGCUUCGACGACCUCAUGUCCGACGCGCGCAUACCCCGCGCGCAGGCAGACGCCUUGCUGGCGGAUGUCCGCGCGAUGGGUGCGGUUGCCGUGGACGAGGUGCUCCCCGCGGACUGGGUCCGUCUGAAUUCGUGGGCCUUGCUGCUCCCGCUCCAGAAGCGCAGCCAUCUGACCCCUUUUUCGGUCGCGGGCCCAGAUGGCGCCCCACCUCAGCAAGAGGGAGCUCAACCGCUGCUUCUCGCUUACGCCGCUGGGAAGACCCCGGUGGAGAUACGCGACCUCGUUAGUCGGACCCGUGAGUCCCUCGACGAGACUGGGCCGGAUUUGACGACCGUCCGCCGGGCCCUCCGGGGCGCCACGCACAGGCGUGGCCCAGCGGAGACUCGCGGCCGCAAGCCCAAGCUCACGGCCGUCAAGCUCCGCGCCUUGAACAACGCGCGGGUUCGUUUGACUCGGGCGGCCAAGGGCGAGGCCGAGGUUCACCUCAAGGACGUGAUGAAGGCCGCGCGGGUCUCCGACGUCCACAUGGGCACGGCCUCCAGGCACUUCAAGCGCCUCGGGGUCACCUGGCGCGCUCCCCGCGCGGAGCCGCUCCGCGGCUCCGCGGAGGCGGAGGAGCGCGUGGCGGCGCGUUCGGGGUGGAAGCGGCUCCCGGGCAACUAUUUCACGCACCAGGUCGAUGCCAUCAUCGACAAUAAGGUGUCCCCCAUCCCCAUGACCAAGCGGGCGAAGACGCACGCAAAGAAGAGUCGCGUUCGCGGCCACCUUCGCACCAAGGCAGAGGGGGCGCCAAGGUCCAAGGUUCACGUGGCCGCAGCCAUCGUGAACAACAAGGUCCGCGUCUGGCACUACCUGCCCACCCUGUGGUGCGCCGACGCAGCCUGCGAUUUCUACGCGGGCGUCCUCGCUCCCGCGCUUCGCCGUUGCCGGAAGGGGCGCCGCGCCUUCCGCAUCCUGGAGGAUAACGACCCCACGGGGUACAAUAGCAAGAAGGCCGUUGACUGCAAGCGGCGGGGUCUCAAGAUCACCCCCAUCAAGUUCCCCAAGUAUUCCCCGGACUUGAACCCCCUCGACUAUUUCCUCUGGGCGGAGGUCAACCGGCGAAUGGCAGAGCAGAGCGCGCCGGCCAACGAGUCUCAGAGCGCUUACAAGGCGCGCCUCAGGCGCGUCGCCAUGGGCAUCCCGAAGAGCGUCAUCAGGGCAGCCGUGGCUAAGAUGAAGACGAAGGCGGCGGAGGGCGUCGUGGCCGAGGGAGGUGCUCGGCUGCCCAUGGCGAGGGCCCUGCGGUGCUCGCGACUCCUGCGCUUUACGCGCGUUUGCCUUAGUGCAGGCCAGCGCGGGACACAGCCUGCGUAUCAUUGCGGCUUCAUGUCGUUUGCACGUGAGUCCAGAACAUCGUGCAACGCGUUGCCCGCGCGUCUGAUGGCGCACGUCCAGGACCGCGGGACGAAGACCAUGCAGCGGUUCGUCCGCAGCCGAGUGCGCAAGCUGACGGCGGACCUUGAGGAGACGAAGGAGUGGGCGUCUGCCCGCGAGAACGCGGCCUUCGAGGCGGUGGACGAUUGGACGCUCGUGUGCCGCUGCGCUGAGGAGACAUGCCCCCAUGGCCCGGCGUGCUCGUACAGGUCAGCCGUGGAGACCAUCUUCUCCCGCAGCGCCGCUUCUUUCGACGUUCGGGAGCUCGCGGCGUCCCUGCGGGACAUUCUGAUGGUCGGCCCGAAGACGACGAGGGUGCCCUUCCUGGUGGGGCCGUCGAAUUCCGGGAAGAGCACGGUGGUUUACCCUUUCGACGACUUGUUCACUCCGAAACGGGUUCUGCACAAGCCUGCCUUGGGCUCCUCCUUUGGACUCCGGAACCUGGCCAGCGGCACGAAGCGGUUCAUCUUCUGGGACGACUUCCGGCCGGUUGAGUUCGCCCACGAGAAGACCGUCCCCGUCUCUUUGUUCCUGUCUCUGUUCGUCGGCCAGCACACCGAGAUCCAGGCUUCCCAGUUCUUCAACGACGGGAACAAGGACGUCUGCUGGAACCACGGCGCCGUUUUCACGGGCAAGCUGGAGGGCCUCUGGGGGACGACGAAUAAGGCGGGUGUGGAGGACAUCCGGCACAUGCAGAACCGCGCGAGGCAGUUCCCAUUCACCUCCGUCUUGUCGGACGGCUCUUUGCAGGACGUACUCUCGUGUGCUCCGUGCAUGACCGCGUGGAUCGUCCGGGAGGCGGCAAAGUUCGACGCCGUCGGCGUUUUCCGCCCGGCGCCCGCUGCGCCGGUCGGGGCAGACGCGGGCGUGCCGCUUGUGAGCGGCUUCGACGACCUCAUGUCCGACGCGCGCAUACCCCGCGCGCAGGCAGACGCCUUGCUGGCGGAUGUCCGCGCGAUGGGUGCGGUUGCCGUGGACGAGGUGCUCCCCGCGGACUGGGUCCGUCUGAAUUCGUGGGCCUUGCUGCAGGUGCUCUCAGGCUUUGAAGUGGUGCUCACAGCCGUCCUGGUGCUCAUGGCCAUUGGCGUGGACGCCGAUGCCGUCGAAACCAAAGCCAUCCGGGACGCCUUGAAGGCCGUCUUAGUAGGCAAGUCCAUGGCGGUGGUGUUUCCAGGAGAGAAGCACAAAGACGGCGCGAUCCAUUUCCACGUUGCUGCGAAGCUGACUAGGUCGGGCCGUUUCCAGCAGGCCAAGCGCACUCUGCGUGAGCGCCAUUUGUUGCCGAGCCAUUUCUCUGGUUCCCACCAGCGAAUGUGGAGCGCCGUGAGGUGCGGGUAUAUGGAGACCCCAGCCAAACCAGAUGUCGACGACGCCCCGUGGGUGUGGCAGCCAGACUGGGCCGGGUUCGCGCGCGAGAACGACGCCAUCGACCUCUUCGAGAUGUCGCAGGAGCCAUACAUGGCAGGCGUGUGGGUGAAGCGCCGGGAGGCCACGGACAAGGCGGCCGGGGCGAUGGGCACGAAGACGACGUUCGACCUCGUAGACUUGACCUCGACCAUCAUCGCCAAGCACUUGUGGACGAAAGGGCAGCCUGAAGGCGGUGGACGAUUGGACGCUCGUGUGGGGCUGGCUGGAGAAUUUUCCCCCUGGCACGGGUGCGCCGUACAGGUCAGUCCGUGGAUGGAGACCAGCUUCUCCCGCAGCGCCGUUCUUUCGACGGUGGGGGGAGCUCGCGGCGUCCUGCGGGACAUUCUGAUGGUCGGCCCGAAGAAGACGACGAGGGUGCCCUUCCUGGUGGGGCCGUCGAAUUCCGGGAAGAGCACGGUAGUUUACCCUUUCGACGACUUGUUCACUCCGAAACGGGUUCUGCACAAGCCUGCCUUGGGCUCCUCCUUUGGACUCCAGAACCUGGCCAGCGGCACGAAGCGGUUCAUCUUCUGGGGCGACUUCCGGCCGGUUGAGUUCGCCCACGAGAAGACCGUCCCCGUCUCUUUGUUCCUGUCUCUGUUCGUCGGCCAGCACACCGAGAUCCAGGUUUUCCAAUCCUUCAACGACGGGAACAAGGGCGUCUGCUGGAACCACGGCGCCGUUUUCACGGGCAAGCUGGAGGGCCUCUGGGAGACGACGAAUAAGGCGGGUGCGGAGGACAUCCGGCACAUGCAGAACCGCGCGAGGCAGUUCCCAUUCACCUCCGUCUUGUCGGACGGCUCUUUGCAGGACGUACUCUCGUGUGCUCCGUGCAUGACCGCGUGGAGCGUCCGGGAGGCGGCAAAGUUCGACGCCGUCGGCGUUUUCCGCCCGGCGCCCGCUGCGCCGGUCGGGGCAGACGCGGGCGUGCCGCCUGUGAGCGGCUUCGACGACCUCAUGUCCGACGCGCGCAUACCCCGCGCGCAGGCAGACGCCUUGCUGGCGGAUGUCCGCGCGAUGGGUGCGGUUGCCGUGGACGAGGUGCUCCCCGCGGACUGGGUCCGUCUGAAUUCGUGGGCCUUGCUGCUCCCGCUCCAGAAGCGCAGCCAUCUGACCCCUUUUUCGGUCGCGGGCCCAGAUGGCGCCCCACCUCAGCAAGAGGGAGCUCAACCGCUGCUUCUCGCUUACGCCGCUGGGAAGACCCCGGUGGAGAUACGCGACCUCGUUAGUCGGACCCGUGAGUCCCUCGACGAGACUGGGCCGGAUUUGACGACCGUCCGCCGGGCCCUCCGGGGCGCCGCGCACAGGCGUGGCCCAGCGGAGACUCGCGGCCGCAAGCCAAAGCUCACGGCCGUCAAGCUCCGCGCCUUGAACAACGCUCGGGUUCGUUUGACUCGGGCGGGUGUGGCCAUGGGCGAGGCCGCCGAGGUUUACCUCAUGGCGGGGGGGCGCGUGGCCGUGCGUUCGGGGUGGAAGCGGCUCCCGGGCAACUAUUUCACGCACCAGGUCGACGCCAUCAUCGACAAUAAGGUGUCCCCCAUCCCCAUGACCAAGCGGGCGAAGACGCACGCGAAGAAGAGUCGCGUUCGCGGCCACCUUCGCACCAAGGUCCUCAAGCCUUUCACGAAGCCGAAGGGGAACCAGAACAGGGUGGACCCAGGCGCCAAGGUUCACGUGGCCGCAGCCAUCGUGAACAACAAGGUCCGCAUCUGGCACUACCUGCCCACCCUGUGGUGCGCCGACGCAGCCUGCGAUUUCUACGCGGGCGUCCUCGCUCCCGCGCUUCGCCGUUGCCGGAAGGGGCGCCGCGCCUUCCGCAUCCUGGAGGAUAACGACCCCACGGGGUACAAGAGCAAGAAGGCCGUUGACUGCAAGCGGCGGGGGCUCAAGAUCACCCCCAUCAAGUUCCCCAAGUAUUCCCCGGACAUGAACCCCCUCGACUACUUCCUCUGGGCGGAGGUCAACCGGCGAAUGGCAGAGCAGAGCGCGCCGGCCAACGAGUCUCAGAGCGCUUACAAGGCGCGCCUCAGGCGCGUCGCCAUGGGCAUCCCGAAGAGCGUCAUCAGGGCAGCCGUGGCUAAGAUGAAGACGAAGGCGGCGGAGGUCGUCGUGGCCGAGGGAGGCGGUGGACGAUUGGACGCUCGUGUGCCGCUGCGCUGCUCGUACAGGUCAGCCGUGGAGACCAUCUUCUCCCGCAACGCCGCUUCUUUCGACGUUCGGGAGCUCGCGGCGUCUCUGCGGGACAUUCUGACGGUCGGCCCGAAGAAGACGACGAGGGUGCCCUUCCUGGUGGGGCCGUCGAAUUCCGGGAAGAGCACGGUGGGCUACCCUUUCGACGACUUGUUCACUCCGAAACGGGUUCUGCACAAGCCUGCCUUGGGCUCCUCCUUUGGACUCCGGAACCUGGCCAGCGGCACGAAGCGGUUCAUCUUCUGGGACGACUUCCGGCCGGUUGAGUUCGCCCACAAGAAGACCUUCCCAUUCACCUCCGUCUUGUCAGACGGCUCUUUGCAGGACGUACUCUCGUGUGCUCCGUGCAUGGCCGCGUGGAUCGUCCGGGAGGCGGCAAGGUUCGACGCCGUCGGCGUUUUCCGCCCGGCGCCCGCUGCGCUGGUCGGGGCAGACGCGGGCGUGCCGCCUGUGAGCGGCUUCGACGACCUCAUGUCCGACGCGCGCAUACCCCGCGCGCAGGCAGACGCCUUGCUGGCGGAUGUCCGCGCGAUGGGUGCGGUUGCCAUGGACGAGGUGCUCCCCGCGGACUGGGUCCGUCUGAAUUCGUGGGCCUUGCUGCAGGCCUACGGCAAGGCCUACGGCCAGGCACUGACCUUCCCCAGCCCCAUUCACGGACUUCGAGGCUGCCCGAAGCCGCCCGUCUUGAGGGCGGCGUCAAGAGCGACGCCAGACUAUGAACGCCGCCGCGUGCUCCGGCGUGGCCCAGCGGGGACUCGCGGCCGCAAGCCCAAGCUCACGGCCGUCAAGCUCCGCGCCUUGAACAACGCGCGGGUUCGUUUGAUUCGGGCGGCCAAGGGCGAGGCCGAGGUUCACCUCAAGGACGUGAUGAAGGCCGCGCGGGUCUCCGACGUCCACAAGGGCACGGCCUCCAGGCACUUCAAGCGCCUCGGGGUCACCUGGCGCGCUCCCCGCGCGGAGCCGCUCCGCGGCUCCGAGGAGGCGGAGGAGCGCGUGGCCGUGUGUUCGGGGUGGAAGCGGCUCCCGGGCAACUAUUUCACGCACCAGGUCGAUGCCAUCAUCGACAAUAAGGUGUUCCCCAUCCCCAUGACCAAGCGGGCGAAGACGCACGCAAAGAAGAGUCGCGUUCGCGGCCACCUUCGCACCAAGGCAGAGAGGGUCCUCAAGCCUUUCACGAAGCCGAAGGGGAACCGGAACAGGGUGAACCCAGGCGCCAAGGUUCACGUGGCCGCAGCCAUCGUGAACAACAAGGUCCGCGUCUGGCACUACCUGCCCGCCCUGUGGUGCGCCGACGCAGCCUGCGAUUUCUACGCGGGCGUCCUCGCUCCCGCGCUUCGCCGUUGCCGGAAGGGGCGCCGCGCCUUCCGCAUCUUGGAGGAUAACGACCCCACGGGGUACAAGAGCAAGAAGGCCGUUGACUGCAAGCGGGGUCUCAAGAUCACCCCCAUCAAGUUCCCCAAGUAUUCCCCGGACUUGAACCCCCUCGACUAUUUCCUCUGGGCGGAGGUCAACCGGCGAAUGGCAGAGCAGAGCGCGCCGGCCAACGAGUCUCAGAGCGCUUACAAGGCGCGCCUCAGGCGCGUCGCCAUGGGCAUCCCGAAGAGCGUCAUCAGGGCAGCCGUGGCUAAGUUGAAGACGAAGGCGGCGGAGGUCGUCGUGGCCGAGGGAGGCAGGAUCCCGAGCGAUUGA